AUGUCGUUAAGUAAACCUAGUCAAGGUAAAAAGCGUAAGCAUAUGUCUCUUUCUCUUAACGAUAAACUCUGUGUUAUUGAAAAACUCGAAAAAGGAGCAUCUGUGUCAAGCAUUUGUGCGCAAUAUGGGAUAGCUAAACAAACCGUCUCAGACAUAAGAAAGAAAAAAGACGAGAUAAGAAAAUUUAUUCUGAAAUUUAAUGUAGAAAAAGAAACAAGUGUUGUGAAGAGAAUGCGGUUGCCACUAGAUCAAUCCCUUGAUGAUGCAGUUUACAAAUGGUUUUGUCAACUUCGUUCUUUUGGAUUGGCAGUCCGUGGAAUUGAAAUUCAGGCUGCAGCGGAUAGAUUAGCUAAGCAGUUGAACAUAAAUAACUUUAAAGCCAGUUCAGGAUGGCUGUUUAGGUUUAGAAGGCGUCACAACAUAACAAAUAAAAAAAUAUGUGGUGAAAGUCUUAGUGCAGACAAUGAAGCUGUUGAGCCAUUCAGAAAAAACUUGAAUGAUAUUUUAAAAGCUGAAAACAUACUGCCUUCGCAACUGUACAAUUAUGACGAGACAGGGUUGUAUUGGAGAGCAUUACCAGACAGUACCCAAGCGUCCAAAGCUGAUAAAAACACGCCUGGUAGGAAGAUCAGUAAAGAUCGAGUAUCUGCAUUGCUGUGCGCUAAUGCUGAUGGAAGUCAUAUGUUAAAGCCUGUGAUUGUAGGAAAAAGUAAAAAACCACGUGCAAUAAAAAAUAUUAUGGACACGUUACCAGUUCACUACUACAACUCGAAAAGCGCAUGGUUCACUUCAGACAUUACAUUAUAUUGGUUUCACAAAAAAGCAGUGCCAGAAAUUAGAAGAUAUCAAACAGAAAUUUUGAAAAUUCCUGACGAUAAAGUGAAGGCCUUAGUUCUACUGGACAAUUGUCCAGCACAUCCACAAGUUGAACAGCUCACUAGCGAUGAUAAAAAGAUUACGUGCAUGUUUUUGCCAGCAAACACAACCUCUCUGAUUCAGCCUAUGGAUCAAGGCGUCAUUUACACAGCCAAACGUCUAUAUAAAAAGAAGCUUUUAAAUGAAAUUUUGGAAGUCGAGGAACCAGCUGCAGGAGAAGAAGAUAGAAGAGGUUAUAAAACGUUACGGAAUCACAAAAAUUACAAUAUCAGAUCAAUGAUUUAUAAUUUCGCAUCUGCUGUCAAAGAUAUAAAACCUUCAACUUUGAUUAACUCGUGGAAAAAACUUUUAAUAAAUGAAGAGGUUGAACCAGAUACGGCUGAUUUAGAAACAGAAGAUUUUCAUAACAUUUUCCACCAAGGAGGUGAAAAUUCAGCUACAUUGGAAGACAUUGAGCUGUGGUUAGAAGCAGAUGAAUAUGAUCUAGGUUAUCAUAUUUUAACAGAGGAGGAGAUUGUUGAAAGUGUGACUGCUACAGAAAACUCUGAAACGGAUGAAUAUGAUCAGGAUGAAGCAGAUGAUAAUGUAAACCCUAAGCCAAAAUUUGGUGAAAUAAAAGAUCAUCUAAACAUUGUCAUCAAAUACGUUGAAGAUAAUAACGAUGAAAACAUAUCUGCAUAUUAUGAGCAUCUAAGGCAUCUUCGCGAGUUAAUUGUUAAAGAAAUCACUGUGAAAGGAAGACAACCAAAGAUAAGCAGUUUUUUCAAACCAGUGUCAAAUGUGAAUAACGAAAGUGUGCCUUAA